UUACGUGUCGGCGCGGGAGCGAUGGACGCCGGGGCCGUGGCCGAGCCCGGCCGGACACUCUGCCUGUUCGACGUGGACGGGACGCUGACGGCCCCGCGGCAGAGAAUCACCAAGGAAAUGGAAGACUUCCUGCAGACCCUGAGGCAGAAGGUCAAAAUCGGAGUCGUAGGCGGGUCGGACUUUGAGAAGAUGCAGGAGCAGCUGGGGAACGACGUGGUGGAGAAAUACGAUUACGUGUUCCCGGAAAACGGCCUGGUCGCGUACAAAGAUGGGAAGCUCCUGGGGAAACAGAACAUUCAGAGUCACCUGGGCGAGGCCCUGAUCCAAGACCUCAUCAACUACUGCCUGAGCUACAUCGCGAGAAUCAAGCUCCCGAAGAAGAGGGGCACCUUCAUCGAGUUCCGCAGCGGGAUGCUGAACGUGUCCCCGAUCGGGAGGAGCUGCAGCCAGGAGGAGCGCCUCGAGUUCGUGGAGCUGGACAAGAAAGAAAACAUCAGACAGAAGUUUGUGACGGAGCUGCGGAGAGAGUUCGCCGGGAAGGGAGUGACCUUUUCCAUAGGCGGCCAGAUCAGCAUCGACGUCUUUCCCGAGGGCUGGGACAAGCGUUACUGUCUGGGCCACGUGCAGGAGGACGGCUUCCAGACCGUCUACUUCUUCGGAGACAAGACCAUGCCCGGCGGCAACGACUACGAGAUCUUCUCGGACCCCCGGACGCUGGGCUACACGGUGUCGGCGCCCGAGGACACGCGCAGGAUCUGCGAGGGGCUCUUCUGAGGACCCCACCCGCACCGCACUUUGGACCUCAGCAGGGCUGGGGACCCCCGGGGCCCCUGGGAGCAGGACCAGGGGCCCCAGACAACGGUUGA